CAAUACAAAACCCUAGCGAUCUUGAACCUUGUUACUGUAUAUUAUCUUAGACUCUGCCUCUUGCAAUUAGGGUUUCUUGGUUCACUGCAAUCUUCUUUCUCGCUUCAGAGAAUCUAACGCCACCAUGGUUGCCGCCAAGAAAACUAAGAAGACCCAUGAGAGUAUUAACAAUAGGCUUGCUCUUGUGAUGAAGAGUGGGAAGUAUACUUUGGGUUAUAAAACGGUUCUGAAAUCCCUCAGGAACUCCAAAGGAAAACUGAUUAUCAUUGCCAACAAUUGCCCACCAUUGAGGAAGUCUGAAAUAGAGUACUAUGCUAUGUUGGCGAAGGUUGGAGUUCAUCAUUAUAAUGGGAACAAUGUGGAUUUAGGCACCGCAUGCGGCAAAUAUUAUAGAGUGUGCUGCCUCAGCAUUGUUGAUCCUGGUGAUUCGGAUAUCAUUAAGACACUGCCUAGCGAGCAGUAGAGUUGUCUCAAGUCCUCUUUUUUGGCCCAUAUAAAACUUUGAUUGUUUGAUAUUUUCUGUUUUCUGUUGAUUCAGACAUAAAAGAAAAUCUAAAUGUAGGCUUAAAUUAUCUGGUGGUUUGUGCGGAUCA